AUGAGCGAUUCUGAAAGCCACCAGGAGCACAAUGGUGUGUCUCAUGAACAAGAAGAAAACCACAGCGUAAACAACAAUCAAAAUAACAAGAAGAAGGUUAAUAAAGCGGUUAAAAGCACAGUAGAAGCUCCAUCAAUUUUCGUUUCUGCCAUCAGAUCUAUCUUUGGGUUCAGAAAGACUUCAUUGACACUGUUUGUGGUAUUAGCUUACGGAUUAGUUUUCAUAGCGGUAUAUUUAGCAAAAUUGAAUGCCUUAUCAUUACCAUCCAAAGAACCAGAAAUUUUAUCAUCAUCUUGGUCUGAUUUACAAGAAAUAUCAAAACAUCCUCAUCCUUAUGUAUCACAUGCUAAUGAUGAGUUACAUGAUUACUUGGUUGAAAGAGUUAAAAAAUUGAGUGGAUUGAAGAAAUACAUUGAAUAUAGUGAUGAUUAUAAAACCUCGUUAUCUUCAUUUUAUAUUCAAAGGAAUACUUGGGAUCCUUCAGAUAAUUCAGGUACUUUAAAUUAUUUUGAAAGUUCAAAUGUCCUUGCUAAAGUUGAAGGUAAAGAUCCAUCAUUGCCAGCUAUUCUUCUAAGUGCACAUUAUGAUUCUGUUCCAACUGCGUAUGGUUCAACUGAUGAUGGUGCUGGUGUUGCAUCAUUAUUAGGUAUCUUGGAAUAUUAUGCAACUUCCAAACAACAACCAUUACGUACAAUCAUUUUCAAUAUUAAUAACAAUGAAGAAUUUGGUCUUUAUGGUGCACAAGCCUUCUUUGAUCAUCCAUGGAGCCAAAAUGCCAGUUAUUUUGUUAAUUUAGAAGGUACUGGUACUGGUGAACGUGCAAUCUUAUUUAGAUCAACAGAUUAUGAAAUUGCAUCACAUUAUAAAACUGCAAGAUCACCAUUUGGUACUUCAAUUUUCCAACAAGGUUUUGCAAGUCGUUUAGUUCAUAGUGAAACUGAUUAUAAAGUUUAUCAUGAACAUGGAUUAAGAGGUAUUGAUAUUGCAUUUUAUAAACCAAGAUCAUUAUAUCAUACUAAAUAUGAUUCUAUUCAACAAACCUCUAAGAACGCAUUGUGGCAUAUGCUUUCGAAUGCAUUAGAUGUUACCAAAUCAUUAGCAGAUUCUAAAACAAUUAGUGAUGAUGAAGAAACUCAAGCUGUAUUUUUUGAUAUUUUGGGCCUAUAUUUUGUUGUUCUACCAUUAACAAGCUUAUACAUUAUCAAUAUUGUAUUAUUAACUGUUAUACCAAUUACUUUACUAGGAUUUGCUGUUAUUAUUCAAAAAAGAGAAAUUUGGGACGUUGGAUUCAGUUGGGUAAGAAUUCCAAUUUCAUUUGCACUUUCAGGUAUUGGUGCUAAGAUUGUAUCUGAUUUGAUUCGUUUUGUUAAUCCAUUGGUUAUUUCAAGAGACUAUACUGCACCUUUGUUAACGGUAUCAGCUACUUUCUUAUUUAUCAAUUAUGUGGUCUUAACUGUUUCUCAACAUAUCUGGCCUGUUCAUGAUUUCAAAUUGCUGAUCACUAUGGAAGUUUUUGUUAUUUUAUGGGCAAGUUUAGUUGGUGCUACAGUUUCAGAAAAACCACCAAGUAUUUAUACUGGAUUUUAUUUGAUUACAAUUUUGUAUUCAUUAUACUCUGUUUCAGUUUUCUUAGGUUUAUUAGGUAUUGCAUUAGCAUCACCAAAUAGGGAAAAAAUUAAAGUCGCUACAUAUGGUAGUGUUUCAGAUGAAGCUGAUGAAGCAAAUAAUGAACAAACAAAUGAUGAAAAUGCCCCAUUGUUAUCUAACUCAAUUCCGAAUUCGGAUUCAGAAGAUGUUGAAGAACAUGAAGGUGAAAUUAUUAAAGGACAUCCAGCUCAUAAUUCAUUUACUUAUGAUUGGAGUUUACAAUUCUUAAUCUUGGUUCCAAUUACAUUUUUGAUUACUUAUGUUUCUGGUGAUUUGAUUUUACAAGGUUUGAAUCAAACUUCACAAGAAAGUUUAAAAUCUACUAAUUUUGUCUAUCAAUUAAUUUUGUUGUUUGGUACUUUAUUAGUUACACCAUUAUUAGGGUUUUCUUAUAAAUUAAACGCUUGGUUUGCUAUCUUAUUAAUCAUUGCUAUUGUUGGUGGUGGUGCAAAAUCAUUAUUUGAAGAUCCAUUUACAGCAGAUUCACCAUUAAAAUUAAGAUUUGUCCAAGAUAUUAAUUUGAACAAUGCAUCAAAACCAAUUGUUACUGUUUCUGGUAGAGAAGGUGAACUUGAACCAAUUUUAAGAGAUUUACCAUCUGUAAAGCAAUACAAUUCUAAGAUUUCAUGUCAAUCACAAGGUGAUGGAUUACAAGCAUGCUCUUAUGAAGCUGAAAGGCCAUAUUUAUUUGAUGGAUCUUCAAAAUCAAAUGAUUUGGAUUCAUAUUUGAAAAUUGAUAUUUUGAAAAAUGGUGCUGAGAAAAAUCAUUCACCAUUUUCACCAUUAACUGCAGAAAUUUCUAUUAAAGCUAAAGAAAAUAGAUAUUGUUCUUUAAGUUUCAAUAGUACAACUUUUAAAUCUUAUGAAUAUGGACAAUCACCAAUCAAAAUUGUUAGAUAUUUCCAUGAUCAAAAGACCAAUACUUCUACAAUCAUUGACGAAUCAAAAGUUAAAUCUGAAAAUGGACGUAGUAAAGAUGAUAAAGGUAAUGAUGUUUUCAAAUGGUUACCAGGGAUUGAUGGAAUUCAAUUACAUAAAUUAGAUUGGGAUCAACCUUCUUAUCAUAUUGGCUUACAAUGGAUUCCUGAUUGGUUAAAAGAUGGUGAAGAAGAAGAACCAUCAGAUUCUCCAAAAAAUAGAUUAGGUAUUCAAAUUUCAUGUUUUUGGGGUGAAUAUGAACGUGAAUCAAUAAUUGAUGGUAAAGGAGUUAGAAAAAUUCCAGCAUUUGAUGAGUUAUUACAAUAUUCACCAACUACAGUUUCAUGGACUAAUAGAUAUGAAGGUCUUGUUAAAAUCGAUAGAUAUGUUGAAGUUUGA